AUGCGCCCUCUCGACAGCUUUCCUCGCGGUGUUCAGAGCCAAGUCGCCUGUUCGGCAUCGAAUAUCAUCGGGCUUAUGGAAGAUGGUUGCUCUGUUCUCAAAUAUCCGCGAUCGCCUGAUCAAGAUCAAUAUGCACACACAGCUCUACGGGAAGAAGCCAACCGCUAUACCUGCCUUGGCCGACACGACAACCUAGUCACUUUUAAAGCAAUAACCGAUGAUGGCCUGAUUAUUGAAUACUGUGAAAGAGGAGCACUAUACGACACAAUUCACGUCCUAAGCGAAGGCCAAAAGAUAUGCAUUGGAGCUCAGAUCGCUCGUGGCCUGGCUUAUCUACACGCGCAAAACUUUAUCCACUGUGAUCUUAACGUCCGGAAUAUUUUUAUGACAUCUGAUUUUACAGCUAAGAUUGGAGACCUUCAGGGCCAGCUUAGUAGGCCUGAUGGUACUAUUGAGAUGCCAGCCAUGACCGAAAAUAAUGUCAAAUCGCGUCUCCCGGGAUCAGAUGGCAUCUUCUCGGCGGAAACGGACAUCUUUGCCUUGGGAACACUGUUGUACCAUGUCUGGUAUGGACAUCCGCCGUACCCUGAGCUGGACGAGUUCACAGAUGAGGCUGAGAUCGAGUCAAAGUAUCGCAAAGGAGACUUUCCUGUCAUCACUACGAAUGUCAUCAGCGUGGACAAGAUCAUCUACAAGUGCUGGACUUUAGCAUACGCCAAUGCAAGGGAGAUAUUGGAUGAUUUCACUCUCCUGGGCAAUUCGCCAAACUUUAGUAGUGUAAGGGAAGCACCCUAA